UAAUAACGAAAAUAAACAAUUACUUAAAUUUCUAACAUUGAAAUAAGUGGCUUCUGAUUAAAUUAGUAAAAUAUUAUCCGUAUUAUCGUAAUCAACUUUAAGGUUAUUGAAGGUAAAAUAAUUUUAAUAGUUAAUAGAAAUACAAAAUGGAUACUAAAAAUGAAAGAAAGGAACAGUUAUUAUUAAAAAAUGAAAAAUUCAACGUGAAAGAUAUUGAAGAAAUUAAAGGGCCAGGAAUGUUCUACUUUUCUUUGCUGACAGCUCAACUGCUGCUUGUGUUAACAGGAAGCUCCAUGGUAUGGCUUGCAAUAGUUUUCCCACUUUUAGCUUCAACCGAUAGUAAAAUAAAUCCAAUAUCAAGACCAAUUACACCCGCAGAAACUUCAAUGUUAUUAACUUUUUCCGGGAUUGCUGGAGUUCUUAGUAACAUAUUUCUAUCGAGAAUACCGGAUAAAAUAGGAAGAAGAAAUAGUUUAAGAUUAAUUGGAGUUUUAUUUGUAGGAAUUUUUAUAGCUCUAGCAUUCACACGAAACAUUUAUAUUUUUUUUGUUAAUUUUUCAAUACUCACCAUAAUAUUAAAUGGGGCUAUCAUAAGUGUAACAAUUUAUGGUUGUGAAAUUGCUAAAGAUAAUAAUCGAGGUAGAGUAGGAUGCAUUUAUUGCAUUAUGUUCCCAGUGGGUAAUAUGCUUACAUUUAUCGUGGGAUCAGUUGUAAAAACUGAUUUUGUUUUAUUUAAUUUUAUUUUUGCUAUUAUUGCAGUACUGCAAAUCAUCCUCUCGUUUUUCAUCGUAGAAUCCCCUAUUUACUUGGCUUUACGUGGCAGACAAGAAGAAAGUAUAAACACUUUUAAAAAACUUCAAUCCUAUGACAAUCCUAAAGAUCCUGAAAAUGAGUUCUAUUCAUUAGAACCAAGUUCAGAUUCAAAAAACAAAAAGACCAUUUUUUCACGCCUAUUUCGAGAUAAAGCUUCAAGGAAAGCAUUAAUUUUAUGUUUUACCAUAUUCACUAUUCAACAAUUUACUGGUAUAUUCAUCAUUCUCCCGUUUAUAGUUCCAAUUUUUAACGAAGCAGGUACUUCGGUAUCUGGGACCGUAAUAAGUCUUAUAGUUGGAUUUGUUCAACUCACAGUACUUUGUGCGAUAAUUUUUGUUGUCGACAGAACUGGAAGGCGACCAUUAUUGCUUUUAUCUUCUAUUGGAUGCUCCUUAAUGCUGUGUCUAUUGGCUUUUUAUUUGUAUUUAAAUGACAAACAAUUACCUCUUGUAAACAGUCUUCGAUGGUUACCAGUUAUUUGUAUUACUCUUUAUAUUGUCUCUUACACUUUGGGAUUGGCACAUCUUCCAGUUAUUAUUAUGGGAGAACUCUUUAAUAAUGAGGUUAGAGCUACGGCAGUUGGUACAAUUUUAACAGUAGAGCGGAUAAUAGGUAUCAUUUUGGGAUUUGCAUAUCCACUGGUAACGGAAGCAUUUGGUAUGUACUUGAACAUACUGGUUUUUGGCAUAGUAACGUUCAUUGGUUUUAUUUUAAUAUUUAUAUUUUUACCAGAAACAAGAGGUAAAAGCUUUAUAGAAAUUCAAAGUAUUCUUGGAAAAUAAAAUUUUACAAAAACCAAA